UCUCAGCUCAACUCUCUCUCUCUCCCUCUCUCUCUCGGACUCUCUCCCCGAUCGAACCCACACACACCCACGCACACUCAAAGUGGCACCCCGGCAACACCACCACCAUGCUCACCCUCGCGAGAAUCUCCCCUCCCUCUUCCCCGUCUCAGUGAAGCUCGGUGAAGCCCAGAAACCCAGGAGAUCUCCGGCGAACCCCCGUGACUCUCGAGCGAAAGUCCGGCCAGUUCCCGGCCACCUAUCGUCGUGAAACAGUUGUGACUAUUUCUGAGCCCCAACAGAUCAAGCUUCCAAAUUUCCAAGAAACUAGUCUUUGACUGUUACUCUUCCCGAACGGAGUCAGAUUUAACUUCCAAUUUCUGCACCUCAAUAUUGCUCAAGGACGGUUCAUUCACUAUUUCUUCGACUGCUUGGAGUUCUCUUCGCUCUUAACAUGGCACUCGGAGAGGUUUUUCUUGCGGAGUUUCUACAGUUGCUGCUCGACAGGUUGACUCGUCGCGAGGUUCUCAACUAUUUUGGAAACUUCCGGGGUGUUGGAAAGAAGCUGGACAAGUGGAGGGCCACGUUAUCUACAAUCGCAGCGGUGCUGAGCGACGCCGAGGAAAGACAAUUGACUGACCAUCUUGUAAAACUGUGGCUCGAUGAUCUCAGAGACCUGGCUUAUGAUGUUGAAGACAUGUUGGACAAAUUUGCCACUCAAAUGUUGAAGCGUAUGAUAGAGGGAUGUGUCAGUGCGAGCAACAAGGUGCGGAACUCACUUUUCAAAAUUAAAUUCAAUUGGGAUAUGAACUCCGAAAUGAAGAAGAUUACGGAGCGGUUGCAAGACAUAUCUGAACGGAAAGACAAGUUUGGCUUGAAAGAUACUGGGACGUCUGCUAAGGAAUCGCAAAGACUACCAAGUUCAGGCGUAUUAGAUGAAAAGCUUGUUGUUGGAAGAGACGGUGACAAAGGGGAGAUUAUUGAAUUGUUGUCCAGAAAAUACGAGCGUGCAGGUGCUGUCAAUUUUGGUGUAGUUGCUAUAGUUGGCCUGCCAGGAGUUGGGAAGACGACACUUGCUCAACUUGUAUUCAACAACAAAGAUGAUGCCAUGAAGGAGUUUGAGCUCAAGGUCUGGGUAUCUGUGUCCGAUGACUUCGAUGUGGUGCGAGUGACAAAGGCAAUUCUUCAAUCAAUCACAUCCCAACCCGUUCAAGUGGAGGAGUUUAGUAAAAUGCAGCAUGAUUUGAGUGAGCAAUUAAGAGGAAAAAAGUUUUUAAUUGUUUUAGAUGAUAUUUGGGACAAAGAUGACUAUGAUCUAUACGAUCUCUGGACAAGACUUCAAUCCCCUUUUGGCGUCGGAGCAGGAGGAAGUAAGAUAAUUGUGACAACCCGUGACAGGAAUGUUGCAAAGAUUACGGGAGCCGCUGGAGUUCAUAAUUUGGAGUGUAUGGCAGAUGAUGAUUGUAUGGAAAUAUUUGAGCGACACGCGUUUGGGGAAAAUAAUAACGGAAAACCAGUAAAUUAUGAGGUAAUUCGGACGAAAAUUGUUGGAAAAUGUUGUGGAUUACCAUUAGCUGCAAGAACUCUCGGUGGUCUUUUACGUCGCCAAGAAAAAGAAGAGUGGGGAGAAAUAUUGGACAACAAAUUAUGGAAUCUAGCAGAUAAGAGUGGCCUUCUUCCUGUACUAAAGUUGAGCUAUCCCUAUCUUCCAUCACAUUUGAAGAGGUGUUUUGCCUAUUGCUCAAUACUUCCAAAUGACUAUGAAUUUGGGGAGAAGGAGCUCGUACUUUUGUGGAUGGCAGAGGGUUUGAUUCAACAAAAACAUGACGACAAUAAACAAAUGGAGGAUUUGGGCCGCGACUACUUUCGAGAAUUAUUAGCAAGGUCGUUG